UUUCUCGAAGGGCCGGGCCAAGGGGACCGAGCGAACUAGGGUUUUGAGUGUAUUGGACAGAGUGAAGAGAGAGACAGGGAGAUGAAGCCGGUGGUGGGUGUGGUGGUGUCGAACAAGAUGCAGAAGUCGGUGGUGGUGGCAGUGGACAGGCUAUUCCACAACAAGCUCUAUAAUCGCUACGUCAAGCGGACCUCUAAGUUCAUGGCUCACGACGAGAACAACCACUGCAACAUCGGCGAUCGAGUUAAAUUAGAUCCUUCUAGGCCGUUGAGCAAGCGUAAGCAUUGGAUUGUUGCUGAAAUUCUCAAAAAAGCACGAAUCUAUCAGCCGCCAUCUGUCGGAAGCAACCCUUCAGUAUCUGCUUCUUCCUCCUCCUCCUCCUCCUCAUCAUCAUCAUCUUAAGACUUCAAGACCAGAGAAUCCUAUUUGAGAGUACUCAAUGGAAGUUGGAAGUUAUAAUCGAGUUGGAUGGGCCCGGGUACUUUAGUCAGAGAGCUGCUUUUCUGCAGUAGGAUCCUGUAUACAAAGAUGAACAAUUGUUUCUGCAGGCAUGAGCUGUGUAUGUUGGGGGCAUAUGUUUUGCUGGUUGUCUGAGUUUUUAAAUUUGAAUUUGGUUUUCUCACUAGAACAUGGGUCAUUAUAAUUAAUUGGAUCCAUGUUGACAGUCUUAAGGAUGCCCCUUUCUUGUUCCAAUCUCACCACAGAUCAGUUACUGCUACUGGAAAAAUAAGAUUCCUCAGUUUACCUGUUUAAAAAGUAGUCUUUUUUUUUUUUUUUUUUUUUCAAUUUUGUUCUUAUUUAGACUGUUGUGUUCUGUUUGUUAGGAAAAACAAAGGUGAAGAACAUUAUUUGAUAUACAUGAUAUUUGUAAUUUUUUUCUCCUAAUUAAGAUGGUUGGGGAAGGGGAAGAUCUAUAUUUCU